UUUACCCAAUCAUAGCUUGGAAUGUGUUGGGACCGCACCGGUCGUCCACUAAAAUGAACAAAACUUGAAUGUGGGCAACCUAGCUUAAUAACGUAGAAACGGCGGCGAAUACCUUGAGUAGUGCAGUAACAUUGCUAACUGCUUCACCAGGAUUCUGAUCCGUUUUCACAACCGUUUCUGUGAAACCUUUCCAGAUGUUGAGUUUGGGGAGCGCAGGAGGGAAGUCGGCCAAACCUUCUUUUGUGUCGUAUGUCACUCCUGAGGAAAUUAAAUUAACAGAAAAGAAUGCAUCCAGAGGAAAACAUCCAGAAUUAUUGCCAGGUGAAGUGGUGUUUUGCAGUGCUAGUCCCAUCUUGAAGUACACCCAGGAAGACCUAUCCCAACAGGGCAUCUUUGGUACACUUUUCUGCACCAAUUUCCGUAUCUCAUUCAUGCCUAAUGAAGUCUCCCUGGAAGAGGCGGAAGAGAGGGCUCUGCUCUUCAAGAACAAGCUCUAUGGAGAAAAUGACAUCCCCCUCACAGGCGUGGAUCUGAUCUAUGCAGGCUAUGAUGAAAAGAGGAAGUUGAUGACACGUGGUCAUGUGAAAAAGAAGUACCCUCCUAAAAUCAUCAUUCACUGCAAAGAUCUGCGGGUCUUUCAGUUCUCUUUGACAUUUGCUGAAGCAGAAGAAGCAAAAAAGAUCUUUCAGAGUAUUGUCCAUUGCAGUCUGGAGCCCAAGGCACUGAAAUGUGCCUUUGCCUUCUCCUACUGUGAGAAAGCAACAUCAAGUCCAGAGAUCCAGAGAAAGCAAAGAACUAUGAUGUUCAACAUUGCUGAAGACUGGACUGAGGAAAUGAUGCGUACAAAAGGGAACUGUAAAUUAAUAAAAGAUAAUGAGAAUUUCAGCAUCUCACAAAGACUACCACAGUUCUUCAGCAUCCCCGCAGCUGUCUCCGAGUUAAAUUUGUCAGACUUCCAGGGGAAAGGCAUACCAAUCUGGUGUUGGUCCCAUCCUUGUGGCUGUGCCCUGUAUAAGAUGGCGUCCUUCCCUUUGAUGGAGGAUGACGAUGAUUCCCAGGCACGCAGGCGCUACAUGGAGAGAAUGCUGAAUGCUGUGGGUGAAAACAACCUUUACUCUGUGAAAACAGAGGAACUAUCUGAGACACUUCCAAACAUUCAGGAGAUACAGCAAUCCUACAACAAGUUCAAACAGUUUUUCCUCAUUGAUGGCACUACUGAGUUUUGGCUGUCUGAUGUUAAAUGGUUUACUUCACUGGAAAGUUCCGGAUGGCUAGAUAUCAUCAGACAAUGUCUCCAUAAGUCUGUUGAGAUAGUUCAAUGCUUGGAAAAGGAAAAUAGAAAUGUUCUUAUUAUGGAGGAGGAAAGUUUGGACCUGUGCUGCGUGAUCUCCAGCUUGGUUCAGCUGAUGUUGGAUCCCUUCUACAGAACUCUCACAGGCUUCCAGAGCCUGGUGCAGAAAGAGUGGGUAGCAGGGGGCCACAACUUCCUGGACCGCUGCAAUUACCUACUCAAAGACAAGGAGCUACAGUCGCCAGUCUUCCUGCUGUUCCUGGAGUGUGUGUGGCAGCUGCUCCAGCAGCACGGACCAGCGUUCCAGUUUACUGAAACCUACCUGACCGUCCUCUCUGACAGCAUCCACGUCGCCAUGUUUAGCACCUUCCUCUUCAACUCCCCCUACCAUAGAGUUUCCACUACAAAGGCUCACUCUCCACAAACACAAAGGAGCCAAUUAAACUUGCCCUCUGUGUGGGACUGGUCUCUGCAGUUUGACUGUGCAGCCCAAGAUUUAUUCACUAACCCUCUCUACACUGACAGCCCCAAGCAAGAGAGUGCAACAGCAAUGGGAAAGUCAUCCAGCACUAAGCAGCAGACACGGCUGUCCUUUCCCAACAGCACCGUCAAGCAAUCACCAAAGAAGGGCUUCCUCAGGGAGGAGAAGGACAGCCUGAAAAAAAGGCUGCGGGGUAUGAGGAUUAGUCCCUGGAUGCAGCCGAUGGAGUUCGCCCAGGCCUCCACGCGCCAGUUCUAUGAGGCCUGGUGGCGGCAGCCCCUGGAGGCCAAUAACCUUAUCCUGCCCUGCCUGGAAGGCCCAGCCAUCCGCCUGUGGAUGCAGCGGUACCUCCGCUGGAUCCCACAGGCACAGCUCUACGGGGGCGGGCCCAUCGCGGUCCUCCUCAAGCUGGCCGACCUUACCGAGGAGGUGAGGGACCUGCAGGCCAAGCUGGACCGGCGGACCUGUCCUACAGCCGCGAGCCACCAGAGGGCAGCAAUGCUCCCCAGACCGUCCGUCUGCCCUUACACUGCCUUCCCUUUCGCUCCCUCUCACACUUCGUCUUCCAGACCCUCCAUUCCCACUGGCGUGGCGCAGAGGCUGGUGAUCACAGGAAGCCUGAGCGACAAGGAGGAUGAGGCUCCCGUCAGCGUGUAACCGCUUCGCAGGCGUAGUGCAUCAUAUUUAUUAAUUGUGGUGACAUUAGCCAUUUGCUGUGUUUUUAUCCGGGGUGUUGCUUUGCUCACUGCCAAAAUCCUGUCUCAAUCACUGGAGCUAUGAGAUCACCUCAUAUUAGAUUGACAUAUGAAAACAUUUAAAUACACUUCAUUUUCAAAAAUGAAGAGAAAUACACACUCUCUUUGCUCCUUAACUGAUUUUCAGAACGCAGCCAAUGUUUCAGUAUUAGUUGUCUUUUUUCAGGGAAAUAGGCAAGUGAAGGCAAAUGGUGGCAAAACAUUGGUUGUGUUCCAAUUAAAUAGCAAACAUAGUGUGGAAUUUUCUCUUUGAGCAUUUUCUCUCUGUUGAUAGGCACCUGAAUUCAGUAACAGUUGGGUCUAUGGCCUAUUGCUUAAAAAUAUAUAUACUGAAACCUGUGGCGUAGCUCCAAGAAUAAGUAACCUCUGUAAAAAAUGUAUAAAUAUUUCAUUUAAUUCUUAACAAGGACAUUUAUUGAAAUGGUGAAACAAAGGUUUUUGAAAACCUUUCAAACCCAGGUUGAAAGGACAAUCAAACAAAAUAAAGACAGGAUAUACAUCUUGAAAGUCAAAAUACAUUAAUUUAGUAAAACACUGGAAACAUUAUUUUAUCUCUGUACAGUAGUAUAUAGCUUAUGUUUUUAAACAAUGCUUGUUUGUUGCAGUUUGUAGAACAAUGUUAAUCAUUAUUGUAUAGGGUGGCCUGUAGCGUAGUGGUUAAGGUAAAUGACUGGGACACGCAAGGUUGGUGGUUCUAAUCCCGGUGUAGCCACAAUAAGAUCUGUAUAGCAGUUGGGCCCUUGAGCAAGGCCCUUAAUCCUGCAUUGCUCCAGGGGAGGAUUGUCUCCUGCUUAGUCUAAUCAACUGUACGUCACUCUGGAUAAGAGCGUCUGCCAAAUGCCAAUAAUUUAAUGUAAUGUAUUGUAAGGUUCAAAUAUGAGGUGCAAGAUGGGAGCCCACAUACCAGGUGUCUGGUUCAAAUAUGAGGUGCAAGAUGGAAUACCCUUUCUUAGUUGCACUGUUACACUGUCAGUGGGCAGAUGAAGUGGCGUUCCUCUGGUGGUGGUGCCAUAAAAGUUUACAACCUCCCACAACAACACACCAUUCACCAUUCAAAGGUAGAUAACUAAUCUAAAAUGACUAUUAAAAUUGAGUCAAAUAUAACGAUGGUAGAUUUAUUGGCCCCAUUGUGGAGAUUCUUGGUCAGCCUGGACCAGUAGAAAGCGGAAGGCAGAGCAGUACUGCUGUCUUUGUAACUUGGUUCAUCUAUUGGCAAAUUUAGUCUCGCCGCAUAGUGGUCAGUAACAUUUAGCCCUAUUAACAUUCUUCCAGCAACACCAGAAGGACCAGCAUGUAGAUACCUUCGCCCUCGCUAAAUUCCGUCAUUGGAUUAGCGUGGGGUUUUACAAGCCAAUACAAUAAUGUAACAGCAGUGGAAAAAUCUUUGGACAUGGGUGGACAUUUUUAAGGCCUAUCAGUUAAUUUGAUAAGAAACAUUUUUAUUUUUUUUACACCAUUCAUUUGUGUUUACAUGAAUUGUAAUAGCACACUGAAAAAAAAUCACAGGUAAAAAGGAAAGAAUUACAUGCAAUAUAUUUUUCAUGCAUGGACUGUAGCAUGUGCAGGUAUAACAUGUAACUUAUACAUGCACAUGAUAUAUCUUUGCACACUAAAUGCACUUUGAACACUGAUAAUAUCAAAUUAUGUGAAAUAUUAAAUGUAGUGUUGACUGAUUCAAGGUGAUAUAAAUAAAAAUUG